UUGGCAACACGUACUGUCUGUUCAACGUCUCGUACAUGGUGGUGUCUUCUUUGUAUCCGUAAUAAGAGGUCUUUCUACAGUUUGCUUUGUCUGUGUUGUCACCAUGAUUCGCUGGAACAAGGGGAGCAAGAAGUAUCGCUACGUGGUGAAAGAGUCGGAGAGACAAGAGAGAGAUCCAGGUAAGACCGACCGCACAGGACAGGAAGCCAAGGCCUCUGUCGGCAGCCAGAGGUAUUCAACAACAACAGCGACGCACACUUCGCGUUAUGGCGCGUCAGGGAGGCCGUACGAACCGCCGACGAGGACCCCUCAACCCGGUACCGCGCCGCGGGACAUACCGUCUACGUACACGGGAGGGUAUCGUGGUGCUACCGGUGUCGUCCCUGGAGCGACGGCGACAGAGACAGGAUCGUGGAGGGAUAAACAACAUGGCGGCCUGGGGAGGGGGCGGUCACCAGCAACAACUUUCAUACCCAGCGGGCAAGGACAGUACAGAACAGCAAGAACGGACGUGUUUAGCACAACGCCUGGACGUUCUACAUACAGGCAACCUACACGCACAGCUUCGCCAAUGAGGAGCUCAACUGACAGCAGGAGUAGAACAGCACAGUUCAUGCCAACUACACGCACAGCCUCGCCCAUGAGAAGCCCGACUGACAACAGGAGUAGGACAGCACAGUUUGGUCAGAGGGACAGAAUGGAAGGAGACUUCGUCGUUGUUCCUGGGGAGAUGGAAGAAAUGAGGCAGGGAAGAUACGGAAAUUUCAUCAGGUCUUCCACUCCGGCACAAAGAGUUGGUCCAUCAGGAAAAUAUACGCCCGCUGCCUAUCCCAAACCACAGACUAUUCCAUCAGCUGGACAGUCAGUUGUGCAGAAGAGCAAACCAACCGACGUCCCUCCACAGUCAGGUCGAGAUGAUGGUAGAACACCAUCUGGUAUCUCAACCCAACCUGCUAGUGUUGCCCUUACUACGGUAGACGACGGGGCCAAGGGAGCUGAAUCAGCCGAACUACCGCUUGGAACGGCCACGAGCUUGACCGAAAGCAUCACUGAAGGAUAUGUUGUUGUUCCGAGGCCUGAGCAAGAGACCUGCACUUUAACUGUCUCCCCUGACCCCGACGCUAAGGACAAGGUCGAAGAAGAAACACAAGACCCCAGCAGCCCUCAUAAAAGGACCUGGGACGAAGCUAUUGGAACCGAAGACAACGGUGCUAAGGAGGAAACCCCCGAACAGCAAACUGAAGAAGUAAGCACCGUUCAAGACAGAGACCAGAAAAUUUCUGAUCAAGAGAGCCAAGCAGACGACAGUCCAAGUGCAAGUGACACAGUAGACGUUGGUGCUAAGGACAUAGUCAAAGAACAAGAAGCAAAAGACUCCAGGGUCCCUCAUAAGAGAAGGUGGGACGAGGCUCUUGGAGACAAAGUUAAAGAGGGAACUCUAGAACCACAGACCGAAGAAGUAAGCACAUUUUCAGACACGAUUCCAUCACAAGCGAAGGCCACCGUCGUCACGCCUUCGCCUCCUCCCACCAAGGCUAAGAUCCGCCGAACACCUUCGGAAGAGGCCACCACGACACCGUCUUCGGGAACAGGUUCACAGUUACAACCUACAGUUUCAGAGACACCUCCAGUUCACUCACAAGAUGUAAAAUCACCACCUACCCUUCCCUCGAGUCAACAACCUCCAGUAUCGUAUCAAAAGGAAGAAAACAUUGCUGGGGAGAAACCUCCAGUUCACUACCAAGACCCAGAAGCACUUCCCCCUAGUUCACAGCCUACCGUCGCUAUUGUAGACGACUCACUGGUUGAAGAAAGUGUCCAACCCUUUCCUUCAAAAGCCAAGGCGACGGUCGUCCCACAAGAUCCCUCCCCUACCAAGGUGAAGGUCACCAGGAAAAGUUCACUGGAGUCAAAACCACUACCGGAGUUUCAGUCGAUCGUUAAGGUAGAGCGGGAGGUGACACCGCCGGAACCGUUAAUCCAAACCGACCCAUUACUCAAGAACCAACAGCAAGUGAGGGCUCAGACUACAGAUGAAGAGGAGGAGACGGUUCAGACGUUCGGACCGUCGCGGGGAAAACCAGACCGACCGGCGGACGCGGUGCCGUCUCGGGCCAAGGCGAGCGUGGUGGUGCCGCCCACCUGUCCUGGGGUGACGGCCUCUGUCAUACCUUCCGCGGGAGAGGGCCAGGAACCUAGACACCCGCCACACGACGACAAACAACAGAGUGGAGACCAACGACCAGAUGAAGGGUCCGCUUAUCCCCCGGUGUUGCCACCAGCCGGAGGGCUUCCUGCCGGGGACAACACGACAGGUAUGCCUGGCUCCACCCUUCCGUAUCCCUCCUCGGACCAACCCACCAUGCCUAUUGUGCCACAGCCACUACAGGGAACGGCACAGCUUCCGCCACAUCCCGAGGGCCUGGUCUCUUCACCGUGGCAAUUGGGGGUCGGCCAGCCAGGGCAGGGCCCGUCAUAUCCACCCGGAGCGCCCCACGCACCGUACCCUCCUGGUCCAUUGCAACAAGCCCCUUACCCGCCUGGUCCAGGGACCAAAUCUCCUUAUCCUCCUGGUCAGGCGUCCGAAACCCCUUACCCUCCUGGUCCAACGUCCCAAGCCCCUUACCCACCUGGUCCAGCGACUGAAUCCCCUUACCCUCCUGGUCCAGCGACUGAAUCCCCUUACCCACCUGGUCCAGCGACUGAAUCCUCUUACCCACCUGGUCCAGCGACUGAAUCCCCUUACCCUCCUGGUCCAGCGACUGAAUCCCCUUACCCUCCUGGUCCAGCGACUGAAUCCCCUUACCCUCCUGGUCCAGCGACUGAAUCCUCUUACCCACCUGGUUCAACACCCGAUGUCCCUUACCUACCUAGUCCAGCGACCCAAACGACUUAUCCGCCCGGACCAACGACCGAAGCCCCCUACCCACCUGGACAAGCACCCGAUGUCCCUUACCCAGCGACCCAAGCCCCUUACCCACCUGGUCCAGGUUCACAGGCCCCUCACCCGCCUGGUCCAGCAUCCCAAGUCCCUUACCCACCGGGCCAAGGGACCCAAGCCCCUUACCCACCUGGUCCAACUACCGAAGUUCCUUACCCACAAGGCCCAGCUCCCGAUGCCACUUACCCGCCUGGACCAGCGUCUCAAACACCCUAUCCACCUGGUACAGGGACCCAAGCCCCUUACCCGCCUAGUCAAGCAUCCCAAGCCCCUUAUCCGCCUGGUCCGGCACCCAACGCCCCUUACCCACCUGGACAGGUACCAGCCUCCCCCUCCCCAUCUCCCUUCUACACUCCUCCGGGCCCAGCGUUUCCCUACCCAGCAAGGCAUCCUCCGCAAGAAGGGACCGAAGGUACCGGUCAAGAACAGCCUUCGCCUGGCUCGCCAUAUCCACCUCCCCAUCCCGCAUAUCCACCACCAAGGCAUGAUCCAGCAUUUCCACCUCAGCUCCCACAGGGUCCCUACCCGUCUGUUAUAUCAGCAUACCCUCCUCAGGCACCGUACUAUCCGCAGCAGCCAAGUGAAACCGCUGGGAAUCUCCCACAGGGUCCCUACCCGUCUGUUCCGUCAGCGUACCCUUCUCAGGUACCGCACUAUCCACAGCAAACCAGUGACACCGCCGGGAAUCUGUCCUACCCACCGGCAGGCGACGCGUGCUACCCUCCACCACAGCCUACGACACAACAUCCCGGCCAACCGCCGCAAACGUCCCAACUCAGCCCGGAAAGCAGCUCCGGGGAAUCCCAGCCAGAAGGUGCCCGCCCUUCUGUUCCUCUGCAACCGCGUCCUCCUAUUGGGUUUGAUCUUGUCUCUCCCCCAGGGCCACCUGUAAGCCAACAACCCAGCUCAGAGGUCCGAGAAACAGACAUCCUCUCACCACCACCACAACCGGAACAAAGUCAGAGUUUCCAAGGAAACGUUCAAGCGGCAGAUGACACGAGCAAACCUGACGACAGUCUGUCAUCUGACAAGUUAGAGAAACUAAGCUCUGAGACCCAGCACUCCAAAGAUACCAAAGAUCCAGGGCCGAUGUCUCCCCCAGACAAAGCUGUUUUGCCUUGGAGGCCGGUCGAAGAGAUCAUCUCACCCAGGCCAGGCUCUAUAGCCAUUCCAUUGCCUUGGACCCCCACGCCAUCGCCCGAGAAACAAAAGGCGUUUGACUUUGGUGGAGCUUCGAGAAGACACGUAACAGUUCAAGAGGAGACGACAGAAGAGGAUAGUGAGCAUCAACAGACAAAACAACAACCGACAACAACAUUGAUCUCUGAUACCGAAAGUGGCACCUUGAGUACUUCGUACACGUUGUCAGACCAGGACGUGCCCGCUGAACCUGAACAGGUCCCCACAGAGGUGACACAGAGUCAGUCUGAUACAUCUGGACAGCCAGGGUCGGUGAAGGCAGAGGACGAAUACGGCUAUGGGGUAGUUACGCCAGGUUAUGAAGCACACGACAAGGAUAGAGCGCCAGAAUCCAAAAUCCCAACUCCAAUAGGAGUGCACAAGCCACAGGACAAGCAAGACACAACAUCACAGAGUAGUGGACCUGAAGUGCUGCAACAUUCGGCGCCAACGUCAACUCUUCUAGGCAAAGCGCCUACAGAGCCACCAGUAAGCCAACAAGUCGACUCAGAGAUCCGUGAAACAGACAUUCUCUCGCCACUGUAUACAUCCUACCAAAGUCAGGCGUUUGGAGAAGAUGUUCCAGACGCGAGCAGACCAGACGACCAACUGUCACCUGACAAAUUAGAGAAACAAAGAGUCAACUUUGAGACCCAGAACUCUAAAGAUAUCCAACAAUCGGCACCGAUGUCUCCCCCAGACAAAGCUGUCCUCCCAUGGAGGCCGGUCGAAGAGAUAAUCUCCCCCAAACCAGGCUCAAUACCCAUUCCAUUGCCUUGGACUCCCACGCCAUCACCCGAGAAGCAAAAGGCGUUUGAAUUUGGAGACCAAAGCCAGGCUUUUGGAGAAAAUGUUCCAGACGCGAGCAAACCGGACGACCAUCUGUCAACUGAUAAGUUAGAGAAAGAAAGAGUCGAUUUUGAGACCCAGAACUCUAAAGAUAUCCAACAAUCGGCACCGAUGUCUCCCCCAGACAAAGCUGUCCUCCCAUGGAGGCCGGUCGAAGAGAUAAUCUCCCCCAAACCAGGCUCAAUACCCAUUCCAUUGCCUUGGACACCCACGCCAUCACCCGCGAAACAACAGGCGUUUGAAUUUGGGGGAGGCAAAAAAAGACACGUGGCAGUUACUGAAGAGGUAACGGAACUGGAUAGUGAUCGUCAGACGCAACAGCCCACGACAUCGGUGAUCUCUGACACCGAAUCCGGCGCUCAAUGUACCUCGUACACGCUCUCAGACCAGAACGUACCGACUGAAUCUGAACAGACCCCUGCAGACGUGUCAGAGGAGGAGCAAUCUAAAAGCUCGGGACAACCAGACUUCACGGAUGUGGAAGAGGGAUACCAACGUGGAGUGGUCCCUCCAGGUUUUGGCACCUCCUCUGGCGAGGAAAAAGGACCAGAAUCCAAAGUGAAAGAUGACACAUCACAGAGAAGAGAACGGGACGACGCUGGACCAUCAUCACCCGAGGUCGAGCCACUAAGUCCUCAACAACCGACACGACCAGUAAAAACGGGCUCUCAAGAACAAUACACGGCGCCGACGUCACCACCAGAUAAGGCCGUUCUGCCAUGGGAACCCCUCGAAAACAUCAUUUCUCCAAGACCAGGCUCGAUAGCAAUCCCUUUGCCCUGGACCCCUACAGCAUCACCUGACAAACAAAGGUUGUUUGAGUUUGGGGGAGCCACGAGAAAGCAUAUAUCAGCUACUCAGGACGUAGUAGUACACGACAGCGAUCCUCAGACGACACUACCAGCGACAACAUUGGCCUCUGGUACGGGAGCCGGCACCUUAGGUACUUCGUACACGCUUUCAGAUCAGGAGAUGCCUGUUGAGGCCACAGAGGAGACAGAAGCCCAGUCUACUGGACCAAGACAGACUGGAUUCGUAGAGGAAGGUUACCAGCUUGGAGUUGUUCCGCCAGGUUAUGACAUGUACGACAUGUACAAGGCAGAGGACGAAUACCAGCCAGGAGUUGUUGCAUCAGAUUAUCAGAAAUACGAAAAGCCACAAGAAACGCAAAGCACUGCGGACGACGACACAUCGGAACGUAAGGCACAGGGCCUAGACGAUCCGUCAUCACCCGAAGUCGAGCCGUUAAGCCCGUAUAAACCGGUGAGGCCUACACAAAUGGCGUUGACCAAGGAGACGGAGGCAUCUCCCAAGACACAGUUCUUCCCACAGAAGAGCGACAGUUCUCCCGACGGACUGUCCUCGUCCGAAUUCGAACCUGUCACCCCGGAGAGUCCGAUGUCCCCGCCGUACAAGGCCGUGGUUGUCUGGAGGUCGAGGGAAGAGAUCCUGUCCCCUCGGAUCAGCUCUGUGGUCAUUCCUCUCCCGUGGUCUCCACUACCGCAAUCCCCAACUAGGGUCCGACAGUUGAAUAAACCGAAACCGACGAAGAGAGAACAAGGCUUGGUCGAAGGGACGACGAUAUUUGAAGAAGACCCAAGCAUGACACAGCUUGCGAACGUCGUGGAUAUUCCUCAACGUGAAGAAGUCGCUCUUUCUACUUCGUUUGUUCCAUCUCACCCCCCGGACCACGGGGAUGUUGACAACGAGUUGAACAAGCAAAGGGAGGAAGUAAGGAAAGAAGGCUUUGUUGAAGAAGCCACGUCAUUUGAAGCAGACCCGAGUCUGACAAAAGUUGCCCGCGUGGCGGGCGUUUCUCCACACGAAGAUAUCGCUGUUGCUGCUGCCUUUGUGUCCUCUCAACCACCUCAACACAGAGAGGGUGACAACGAAGGUGAUGUAUUCUACGACGCACCGGACACCACAGAAUCGGAAAGGCCGGCGAAACAGUCGAAGAUCCCCACAUUUCAAGCAAAGAGUCCUCCUCAUUCAACAAAGCCAACAGAAGCUUCGACUCAGCAACAAAGUCCUGAUCGAACUCAGCUGGAACAUUCACCGGAUUCCUCCCAACAAGCUUCUAGUCCGUCAAGGAUCCCCAGAAUGCCGAGUAAACUACCCACCAGUCCAACGCGGAGGGCGGAUAGUCCACCUCCGCCGUCUAGAACACCAAUGAGUCCGACAAGGAAGUCGACAAGUCCAUCCAAGAUACCCACCGUAGCAAAGCCGUCAGGUAUUCCCACAAGAACACCGACGAAGGACUCCGGGAGUCCGCAACUCCGCAGGACAGAGCAGUUGAGGGAGGACCACGGAGAUCCUACCUCAGAGGAAUAUCAGGAGAGGGGACCAGAGGACGAGAGGGAAAGAUACGAAAUACCAGAGGAUCUAGAGUCGAUAGAGGAGGUAGACGAGUCGUCCAGAGACGAAAAGGGCUACUCUGGCGAUGAAGAUACUGAGGGUGAGAGAUUAGAUACUAAAGGCAUCAGGGGAAGAGUGCUGAGGAAACGCAGCAGCAAGGAAGAUCUACUCGCAGAAGACGAAGCUGACAAGGAAUUCGAGGAAGAUGUCAAGAAGGCUCCCAGUCAGAGGAGGGCACCACCGAAGACGCUCGCCCUGCCUCUGGACACCUCCCGAACGCCCACAAGGCGAGAAACAUAUCCAUGGCCCUCUCCGACGUCGCCGGCAGACAGGGCGUUGUUACUAUGGAAACCGAGAGAGGACAUCCUGUCUCCGAAGCCGGGAUCCAUCGUUAUCCCGUUGCCAUGGAGCCCCACCCGGAAACCGCCCUCCCCGAUGACGCCGCGAGCCCGGAAGAGGUUCCACCCGCCCCUCAGGCAGCUGCAGAAGGUUCUGAAGGAGAACACCCUGGAUGUGGGACCGCAGCCCACACCUUCGUACCUGGGCGUCUCGAUUGUCCCGGUCACAACUCACUACCUUGCCACAGCAUUCGUGCUGUCCGAAGACUCCUGCAGCAGUGAGGACGCGGCCCCUGUACCUGUGGAGGUACACGAACUGUCCAGCCAUUCUGAGGAGGAAGACAGUUGGGUUAUGGUGGAGGGGAGCGAUGACGACAUGGCAGAAAUGGGCGCCGCGGGGUACACGGGCCACGAAAAAGAUGAUGACAAUUUGUACGACCCUCCCCUGUCCAGCGAGGAGCAAGCCACUGUACAGAGGGCCGUGCACGAUACAGUGGAGGAGUUCUUCGGGGAAGGAGAAGGAGAAGAAGAGUUUUACUAA